AUGGACAGCCAUAACUUCCAGCCCUUCGCUUUGCCUCAGUUCACUGGCAGCCAUGUACCGGCAACCAGAACGACUCUUCAUCAGCCCAACUAUCAUCCAGCAAAUUACGACUACCGGUAUCAGCAAGCAAUCACAGCUUCUCAACAUCACACUCAGUACCAACUAGCGGAGCGACCAGCAUUGCGGAACUUUAGCAACGGUGGCAUCCCCACUUUUCAACGCGCUAAUGUCCCCCCAGGCGCACCGUGGUAUGAGCCAAAGGGACCGUCAAUGUCAUUUCCAAAGGUUCAGAACGAUAUCAACUUUACGCCCAACUACGGAGGUGAACAGCAGCUUUCUGGUUCUGACAACGCGAUGUACCAUGCGGAGGGUUUUGAUCUCGAGCUGGAACCCAAUCGUCAGCCCGAGGAAGCUGCCAUAUUUCUUCCAGGUCCUGAUAUGUAUACAGGCGGCUAUCUUGAGCUCGCGGAUACGCCACAAGAUUUCCAAGGUCCAGAACAAUAUCAAGAGCCUGAUCACUCGGCGUCUACCGUAGAGGGAGGCCCUAUGAUCCUGCAUGACGGUUCACUUCUUCAACUUGGCGGUAUUCCACAAUAUCAGGCUCCUUUCCCAGAGCCAAUCGAUUCCUCCAACCACACUCCCAACUCUUUUGAGCGCGACACUGUUCGUACCAAAAGGCAACCGAAAACGAUUACAACACUCAGCGACAGUGGUUGGCUCCAGAGCGCAUUUACUAUCAAGACGUCCAGGUCGACCAGAAUGGGAAACUCCGGUGCUCGGAGACUGGUUGAAAACAAAUACGCAGGUCCACGGGUACUUCACGACGGGCCUGUCAUUAACGUUGGGUUUGAAGACCUCCCUGAUAUUCCGUGUCCCUAUGGAUCGCUUGAAGGCUGUUGGAUGACUUGUCACGGACUCAGUGAGCUAGACUCACACCUCCGGGAGGUUCAUAAGCUCUUCUCAAAAAAAGAAAAGGACCAGGCACUUGUUGAGUGCCAAAUCGAUGGUUGCGCUUCUGUGCUGGCUAUUGGUGCCCAUUUACGCCACGUGCUGGAGAGCCAUACGAAUGUUAGGGUAUACUGUACUAGGUGUGAUUACUCUUCUCCCAGGAAGAAUAGUGUCUUAAGCCACUACAAAAAAAAUCAUGGGAAAUUCAACCGGCCUACGUACUUUAGGGAGAUACAACACGAUGAUUAUGUGCCUCAGUGGAUACAAUUAACUUUGUGA